AAAUCCUCAGCUUGAAAGAUAGAAAAGUCCAGAAGGAGCCAUUUUUGACGUUUUUUACUUGCAACAAAUGAAUAAAUGUUUUGUUACCAAAAAAAAAGGAAUAAAUGUUUAAUAUUCAUUGGCCUCCCUGCAUUCGCUAAACAACAACCACCCACUAACUCCUUUAAUUCAUUCCCUCCGACAAACCCACAUCGGAUUCUGGAGCAGACAAAUAAUUUUUGUAGUAUGGUUAAGUGUUUCAGUUUCACUGCAACGCGGGAUUCGUGCUUUCGUUGCAGCUUCUCCAGGGCCGGUCUCCGAUCAUCGACGACGGACCUCGGAGAUGGCACCGUCAUGCACGUUUGGAUCCCCAAACUCCAUGUCCAAUCCAAGCCAACGUUAGUCCUCAUCCACGGCUUUGGCGCCAACGCUAUGUGGCAGUGGAACGACUUCAUUUCACCUCUCAUCUCCCGCUUCAACGUCUACGUCCCAGACCUCCUCUUCUUCGGGGAGUCCUACACGACCGGACCCGAACGAUCGGAGCAAUUCCAGGCGGAGUGUGUGGUCCGGGUCAUGGAGGCCCAUGGGGUGGUUAGUGGUAUGAACGUGGUUGGGAUCAGUUACGGGGGAUUUGUGGGAUAUAGGAUGGCGGCGCAGUUUAAGGAGAGGAUAGAGAAGGUGGUGCUAUGUUGCACUGGGGUGUGUCUGGAAGAGAAAGAUAUGGAAGAAGGAAUGUUUAAAGUGAAGAGCGUGGAUGAGGCUGUUAGUAUUUUGUUACCCCAAACGUCAGAUAAAAUGAGGGAGUUGAUGAAGCUUUCCUUCUCUAAGCCUACUCAAAGAGUUCCUUCUUGCUUCCUAAACGAUUUCAUCCAUGUGAUGUGUACAGAAUACCUUCAAGAGAGAAAAGAUUUGAUUUUAGCAUUACAUAAGGACAGAAGACUGUCUGAUCUUCCAAAGAUAACCCAGCCAACACUAAUAAUCUGGGGAGAGCAUGACCAAAUAUUCCCUUUAGAAUUGGGACACAGAUUGAAAAGGCAUUUGGGAGACAAUGCAGAACUGGUGAUCAUAAAAAAUGCAGGGCAUGCCAUCAAUGCAGAGAAACCUAAAGAGCUAUUCAAGCACUUGAAAUCUUUCCUUAUCGAUCCCCUCUCCCGGGCUAAACCCGGAAACUGAGCAAUGGCCGUAGAACAGAUUCAGAGAGAAAAAGGAGAAGCAAUUGGGCUAGAUUGAAGAAAGGAGCAAAGAAGACGAGCCAAAACAGAAUUUUUCCAAGUUGUAAUUAGUUGAAAUUUUAUUUUGACUUAGUGGGAGAUUAUGUAGGGAUAUUGAUAUCAUGGUAAUAUUUUUUUUUCCUUGAUUUUCUAUAGCUAGUGGCCUUUAAUUUGACAAAUUUGUUCAAAGCCACUAGUAUAAAUAGGGGGCUACUAUGUUCAUUUAAGAAUCAAGUUUUUCAUCAAGCUUUCAUCUUUU